CGCAGGGAGGAUCAUUCUUUUCUUUUUUCUUUCACACACACACCCACACACACACACACACACACACACACACACAGGAAUCGGGAGGAACGGGUCUGGGGAUUUCGCCAUGGUCGUUACGCGUGAUGAGCUUUUUCCUUUGGGUCUCGGAGCUUCUUCUGUUUCUCGUUUUUCUUUGCUGCAUGUUUGGUGAUCCAAAAAAAAAAAAACUCUUAGGGUGGAAUGAGGGUAUGUAUGAAUGCGCUGUGGUGGGGGAAGGAGAGCGAUGGUGCCGCCGUCUUCUGUCUGGCUGUCUGUCUGUCUGCUUGCGCUUGUUGUUGCUGCUUAACUCGUUUCCGCAUGGCGUUCACGGGACAUGGGAUUACCCCUGGGAGCGCUUUGCUUUGCUUUGCUGUUUACGUCUGUCUUAUCUUGUCUGUCUGUCUAUUUGUCUGUCCACCCAGUCUCUCGCUCCGAGAGCACGCGCACGCGUUCCUGUUUACUUGGUUGCCUGCUUGCCUGCUUGGUUGUCUGUCUGUCUGUUCAUCUGUUGCGCCUUCUCUGUACUGUACACUCCCCGCGCUUGAUACCGUGUAUAUAUACCACUUACCGUCUCCUCCUCCUCCACCACUACCUCCAUCAGCACUGCUGCGCGAAGCCGCACUGUACCUACCUGUGUAGCAGGUAGUUGUUAAUAAUCAAACCUACUCAUGUUUGUAUGUAUGU